AUGCCGCGCUUGAUUCCACGCCUGCUCGAGAGUCUCAAAGCAACCGCAAACACGCCUACUGGAAAGAAAGUAAGACCGAUCUACCCAGCUUCCCGAGGCAGAGUGUCCCUACGGCAGCCUGUGCCCCCAUCUCCUGAUUUCUUCUCUAGCCGAACACGGUCCAUCCUACUUGACCAGCAAAAUCCAGUCCUUCAUCCCAAAGACUUCGUUCAGCACAAGUCAUUGCCCCCUCGCGUCAGGCUACACAGAAACCACCGGAAGCGGGUCGUAGAGAGAGAUGGCACUGUCGGAGUUGAUGUUCCUCGGGAGAUGCUGGCCAUUGAGAGACAGUGGUGGGCAAAUCCAUAUCUCAGAAUGCUCUCCACCCCCCUACGACGAUGCACUAUGACCAUGCAGCACCUACCAACAGAUUUCCUCAUCCGCCUAUCGCCCAGACGAAUAACACCGCCUCGAACGUCAUCCCAACGUACAACGUACGCUUUGCUUCCCGAUGGCCUGGAGCACCCAAAAUUCAAGAAUUUGUACUCUCGCAAAGGCGUCUAUAUUUCCUGCCGCAGGGACGUACUACCACAUCUGAAUUCACUCAUGCGUGCUCCGCUCGACGUGAAGAUCACACCUACCCGUGCCCUCCCCUUCUAUGUUAGCCAUCUCCUCCGUCUUCGAGUCCUCCAAGACCUUGAAAUUCUCACCGCCCAACUCGAAGCGAAUCCUGCUAAUGCGGAGUCUGUACCUCUCCUCCGCCGACUGACGCGCAGGGAAUUGAAGGCUAUCCGCGAGACCAACAUCAUUCCUUUCGAGGGAGCUGUCGCAGUUCUGAUAGUCCCACCUGUCAAUAGAGAUCCCAGUACGAAAGAACGCGUAGCACCUCAUGCGUCUUCGCUGCCUGAACAUGACCAUGUCAUAGCUCCCACAACGCGUACUUCGCCGCAGGUCUCUUCUCUCCCAAUCUCCGUCCUCCAUCCUACCUCGUCGCCGGAGGACUACGACAGCGUUUCAGACUUUAUCACUCCAACCCAGAUUCCCUUAUAUAACGGCGCAUCUCUGUUCCCUUCUAAAGGCCAGCGUGCAGCGCUCCACAGUCGACUAUCCAAGCUCCUCCUCGUUGAGCGAAGGGCGCGCUACAAACAGCAUGGUCGUAUAAACAGCUCCGACAAGAUGCAUUACCCCCAAAAGGACGACAAGUGGGCUCGUGGUGACGAGAAGGCUAGUCACGCGUUCCUGCUCUACUCGACGGGCGAAUCCGUCAAAAGAGCGGAUACCGUGCCCCUCGCAAUCGCGCUAUGGAGGUUGAGAAUGUGGGAGAAACAUGACUGGGAGAACAACGAUAAAUGGGCAUCCAUUAUUUAA